AUGAUGAUGGAAGAACAAGUUACAAAGAAAGAACAACUAAAAUGGACAGAUUGGAUGGAUUAUUGUUUUAUUCAAUCUAUGAUGACACAAGAUGAGAAAGGAUUAAGGAUUAGUGGGAGCUUCAUCCCACAAGCGUACAACAACAUGGUGGAGGAGCUUAAUCAAAAGUUUGGGAAGACUUUAACAAAAAAUCAUUUAAAGAAUCGUUUGAAAACUUUAAAAUUAGGUUUCUCGCAGUGGUAUGACAUGUUCCGCGGAACUUCAUUGAGUGGGUUCGGUUGGAAUUCUGAAACACAACUAAUUGAAGCGGACGAGGAAGUGUGGGCCAACUUAAUUAAUUCAAAGCCAGAUGCAAUUUCAUUGAAGACCAAAAAAAUACCAAACUACAAUGAAAUGAUAGCUUUGUUUGCGAAAGACAGGGCUUCAGGGGUACAUGCUGAAACCCCGAAAGAGAAGAAUGCUCGAUUGAAAAGGACUGGGGAUAUCAAAGUAGAAACAAUUGAAGAAGUGGAUCAGUUACUAGAAAGCAAUGACAUAACACUUGAGAAACAACAAACAAAUAAUGAAGAUUAUGAUGAUGAUGAUGGUCUUGAUGAUAUUCAAGUGUUAUCUCCUACAUGCUUUUCACCGGUGCAAAAUUCAAGUUCUAAGAAGUACAAAAGUAAAAAAAGGAAACAUGAAAUUGAAGUUGAAGAUGAACUUGAAGCUGAACCUGAAUCAUUUGAAAAGGUUAUUAUGAGUGCAGUUAAAGACAUGGCUUCUGCUAUGAGGGAGGGUAACAAAAUCUUCGAAAACUCUCAUCAUCGGGUUUAUACUGGUGAUGAAAUUUAUAAAGAGUUAGAGCCAAUGGAUUUGGAACCCGAUGAAUUAGCAGAAGCUCUCAUGUUUUUGUCACGAAAUCAAUCUGAUGCCGGGACAUUAUUUAGAGUUCCAUUUAAAAUACGAAAAAGUUUGCUGAAAAAAAUGAUGGAGGCAAGUAAAUGA